AUGGUCAACUCCUGUUGUGGCUCUGUCUGCUCUGAGGAGGGCUGUGGCCAAGGCUACUGCCAGCCCAGCUGCUGCCAGCCCAGCUGCUGUGUGUCCAGCUGCUGCAGGCCCACCUGCUGCAUCUCCAGCUGCUGCAGGCCCACCUGCUGCCGCCCCAGCUGCUGUGUCUGCUGCAUUUCUAGCUGCUGCAGACCUUCCUGCUGCCGCCCCAGCUGCUGUGUGUCCAGCUGCUGCAUCUCCAGCUGCUGCAGGCCCAUCUGCUGCAUCUCCAGUUGCUGCAGGCCCACCUGCUGCCGCCCCAGCUGCUGUGUGUCCAGCUGCUGCCGCCCCUGCUGUGGCAGUUCCAGCUGUUGUGGAUCAAGUUGCUGCCGCCCCAGCUGCUGCAUUUCUAGCUGCUGCCGCCCCAGCUGCUGUGUGUCCAGCUGCUGCAGACCUCAGUGCUGCAUCUCCAACUGCUGCCGCCCCACCUGUUGCCAGACCACCUGCUGCCGCCCAGCAUGCUCUAGCAGUUCUUGCUGCUGA